CGUUUUUGGAUCAAUUCAACCUGAGCAUGUGGAGAUAUCAAUGAUUCACAAACAUACCUCCCCUUUCCUCCAAUUUCACACAAACGCUGCUGCUCCUUGCUUCUUCCUCCUCCUCUUCUUCCUUCCCGUUGUCACUCACUCGGCUGGAGAAACACGCGUUUUACCCACCGGCCUGCGGCUACACCGAAAAAAAGACAAAAACACAACAAACGUGUUGAGAGGUUCACUUUGUUUAAUAGCUUGACAGCUACAACUUUACCGAGGAAGAUGUCCAAGAAGAUCUCCCAGUGCUCUGUUAAGGACCAAUCGGAGCAUGAUCAGCCUCCCAGCCAAAGUCAGUUGGAUCAAACCAACCUGGGCUGUAAGAAAAAGACAGAACCAGGCCAGAGAAAUGGAGAGACAACCUCUUCUUCUCCAGAGAGUGGUAGCUUGAAUGGAAACGGAAAGCGCAGUGGGAAAAGCCGUCGCCGCAAGAAACGCUCAUCUAAUCCCGGGAGCCACCAUGAGGGAAAGACGGAUGAAGUGAAAAACAAAGAGAAGCCUGACGAACACACCAGCCAGUCGCCUGAGCAACCGGCUGCAUUGAUGGGCUUGCAAUCGGAAUGUGGCAGUGUGUGGUUUGAACGCAACAUCUACGAACAAGCUGAGAGCCUCUACCAGUGCUGGCUAGUGAGCUCUGCUAACCGGAUCUCCAAGCCCAACCGUUCACAUCAGUCCUCAGGGAAACGUUCAAGCAAUCCAUCCACCGUGGCUCCAUCUUCCUCUGGACCGGCUUGUCACCAUGUUGAUCAGGUGGCUUGCCACCACAUAGUGGAGAAAGUAUGGGUCAACAAGACGACUUUCGACCAAGCAGAGCGGCGCUUUGUUGAGGGAUCUGCUCCCCCAUCAGCUCCUAACUCCCUUGACCUCUCACCUCCAACUAACUGCUCCGGUGCCUCCAGAACACCCGAUGAAGGGUAUCAGUCUCAAGCCCCGACUCCAGCAACCCCUGUUGUCCAACAGGCAACUGGUACGCCGGCUUCUCGACAGUCUAUUAACGGGCUGCCACGCAUUCCAGUCGAGCUACUGAGGGAAGUGUGGCUCGACAAACCUGCGUACGAUCGUGCCGAAGCAGCCUUUUACCAGAACCUGUAUGCUAAUAAUUCCUCCAAGAGGCAAAUCUGCACCCCCACCACCAGAGGAAGUGACCACCCUCAAAGCCUUAUGGAAGAGGAAGAGGAGGACAGUGAGGACAUGGCAGAAGAAGAGAAACCACUGAUCCUGCAGUGUAAAGCAGAAGUCUUUCAUGCCCUUCACCCGAUUCAGGAGGAAGAAGAGCCAGCAGAGUCCCUUGAGACCGAAGAACCUUCUGGAGUGUGCUUCUUCCUUCACCCGGACAGCGAGCUGGUGUGGCUGGACAAGUGGCGGUACGAUGCUGCAGAGAACCGUUUUCAAAGCCGUGGUUUGGAUAAAGUCUGUGCGGAGAAGAAGAAUCGGAGGCCGGAGGCAGAAAAGUCAUCAGGGUCCUCAAAGAUGCCUAAAAGGGACAAAAAAAUGAGCUCAGUGGACUUCUUGGCUCAGGAGAAGAUAUGGUUUGAGAAGCCUCGUUAUGAUGAGGCGGAAAGACGCUUUUAUGAGCGAAUGAACGGCUCAUCGCAAAACAUACAGGAUGUUGGAGCUAAUGCCAUCCUGCAGGACAUUGCUCGAGCUCGGGAGAACAUCCAGAAAUCUCUAGCCGGGCUGAAGAAUACGCUGAGUAACAAAGGGUCUUCCCAGGCUUCCCUGACCCAACUGUCUCAUCCUAACUCCAGCAGCAGCAACAGCGGUGCAGGUGAUCAGGGAGAAAUUAUUUCUCGCAUCAAAAGCCUCGAAUUAGAGAAUCAGAGUUUAUACAAAGUGGUAGACAACCUACGAGCAGCGCUCUCCAAACUGGAAUGUCGAGUUGCUGUUCUUGAGAAACGUCCAGCAUCAGUGACCCCGGCUCUUGCUGCCUCCGUCCCCUUCACAAAUGGCACUGGUGUCCAGCAGAAGGCCAGUGCCCCAGUUAAACAGGAGGAAGAAAACGACGACGAUGAUGAGGACGAUAUCGACCUGUUUGGUAGUGAUGAAGACGAAGAAGCGGAGAAACUUAAAGAGCAGAGAUUGAAGGAAUAUGCGGAGAAGAAGGCAAAAAAACCUGCUAUCAUCGCCAAGUCCUCCAUAUUACUGGAUGUUAAGCCUUGGGACGAUGAGACGGACAUGGCGAAGCUGGAGGAGUGCGUGCGCUCGGUGCAGGCAGACGGCUUGCUAUGGGGAACAUCUAAACUGGUUCCCGUGGGUUACGGCAUCAAGAAGCUCCAGAUCGCAUGCGUGGUGGAGGACGACAAGGUGGGAACAGAUUUGUUGGAGGAAGAGAUCACCAAGUUUGAAGACUAUGUUCAGAGUGUGGAUGUAGCAGCUUUCAACAAAAUCUGAUUCAGCAGCAGCUCUUCAUCACUCCCCGUUUCUCUGCUGAUUGUGACAACGGUUGACAAUAAAGCAAUUCUUGCACUGACG